AUGACAUUUCGUACUAAGUUUUACAUAAGCAUUUUACGAAAAUACAGUGCCCCUGCUGAUCCUAUUGCAUAUGCGGCUUUGAAGACAUUUACCUUGCAAAAAAUUGGGAAGUCUUGGAGGGAUCAUAAGUCUAAGUUGAAGAAACAAUAUUAUAUUCCUCAUUCAAGAAACAAAGCAUGCGUAAAGAGCCACACACCCCCGGGAUGCAUAACACAAGAUUGGGAAAUACUUGUUGAGCAUUGGUAUACCGAUGAUGCAGUGUUAGAGUCAGAUAAGAAUAAGGAGCGUCGUGCAAAACAGGAUGACUUACAUACUGCUGGUUCUUGUAGCUUUGCUGUGCACGCUGCAAAAAAGGCAAAAACGGAUGGACGUCCUGUAGAGCGUGCAGUAUUAUAUCCAAUACUACAUACUCGUAAAGAUGGAUCUGCAGUUAAUCCUGUAGUGAAAGCAAAGAUGGACAAAAUGAAGGAUUUGUUGGAUGAUUCUUCGAAUCAUUUGCAGUCAUCUGAGAUAACUGGUAGUAUUGUAUGGUCAACAGAGGAUGUGUUUGCCAAAGUGAUGGGUAAGGAGCGCAAAGGUCGUAUUCGUGGGGUAGGAUUUGGUCCAAGCCCAAGUGCUCGAAGUAGCAAGACUGCUCUCACAGACAUUGAAAUACACUCAAGUCAAGCAAGGGACAAUGAAGUUGCACAACUGAAGGCUUCCUUGGCUACUAUGCAGGAUAAACUUGAAAGUUUUGACGAAAUGAAGGAAAGACUUAGUCAAUUUGAAGAAAUGGAGCAAAGAAUGGAGCAAAGAAUGGCUCGCAUGUUUCAACAAAUGCAACAAAGUUCUUCCCAAUGCAAUCAGGAUGUUCCUUUGCCUCAACAAUCUCCAGCUCUCCAAAAAUCGUCAGCCGCAUCCUAUCAACCAAGUAGUUUAUAAAUUUUAUCUUGGUGUUCAAGAACUUUUUUGUGUACAAAGAACUACGGAAGACCAACCACAUUUUUUGCAAGUGUUGGAUAGCGGUUGCUUUAGUCAAAGGACCACAUCUUUUUUUGUUAAGCUUAUGAUGGUGGUUAUAGAUAA